UUGGGGAAUGAAGAAUAAAUUCUCAACAGUUCGCGAAUGUUCAUAGUAUUAUAAAUUUCGUGACAGCUUCGACAGCCAUCUGUUAUAUUUCUUCAACCCAAAAUGAAAGUUUUAGCUGUUCUACUUUGCUUGAUGGUGGGAGGUUCCUUUGCAUUUGUCGGAGAGCGAUGUGAUUAUUCCAGUUGCAAGGAAUCGAACCCUUUCCAAGCGCUAGAAAAUGUCCGAUUCAUGCCAAAUGCUCAGGAACUCCGAGAGAUAUGCCCGAAGAUGUUGGAAUUUUUAGAUUGCAACAUAAAUGUUAUUGAAAGUUGCGUUGGUAAAUCCCUCACUGAACUCGUAUCAUCUAGCAACAAGACUGUUGCAAAAGGUGCAGACACCCUUUUGUCAAUUGGUACUCUUGUCCGUGAUCUCUGCAAUCCACAUUCUACUUUUCACAAGGAUUAUGUUUCAAAAAUCGAAUGCUUCAGAGGUUUUGUGAUCGUUGGAUCUAGGCUCUGUGAGUUGGAGUCGAAAGAAACUCUGGAAGAUUUCUAUGCAAAAUCGAAAAUCGAAAAGGGUGGAUUGGAUGAUGCUCUGAAUACUGAAAUAAAAUGCUUAGAAGCGGCAUAUGAAGUGACAUGUUUUUCACUUCGCUUGGGUGAAUCCUGUGGUGAAACUGCCCGAAGAGCUUUUGUAAAUGUUGCGAGACGUAUGGAUGUUGUUAUGGAUAUCCAAUGCAAAGAUGUCUCUAGCAGCAAUUUGAAGAAUAAAUUCUAUGAUUAUAUGGAAGUUGAUGAUGAGCAGAUGAGUAAAAUCAAGGAAACAUUUGAUUUGUUCAGGAGGUGAUUCUUCGGAUUGCCAUGAAAUGUCGUCAAAAGAAAAAAACAUUGGAAUGAAUUGUCGUAAUCCUUUAAAAAAAUUAUGUUUCUAUAAUAAAUCAAUAAAAUGUAUGUGAACAUCUUAAAAUAUUUUGCUACAACAAAUAAAAAUAAUAAAAUGGGAUUGCAAUAAAUAA